GCCUAUCCACAGAUAAACACCAACAAUCAAGGGUGAUACCGCUUAACAUUGUGGAAGAAGACGUUGUAGAAGAAGACGUUGUGGAAGAAGACGUUGUGGAAGAAGAUGGUGUGGAAGAAGACGGUGUAGAAGAAGACGAUGUGAAAGAAGACG